CAGGUCGUCGAGCUCAAGCCGGGCGGCGGCGCGCUGCCGGUCACCGAGGAGAACAAGGCCGAGUACGUCGACCUCGUCUGCCGCUGGAGGCUGUUUGGCGCGGUCGGCGCCCCUGUCGAGGCGCUGCUGCGAGGGCUGCACGCCGCAGUCCCGGCGCCGAUUCUGCGCGAGCUCUCCGCUCUCGCGCUCAUGCUCGCCGGCGAGCCGCACAUCGACUUGGCCGACUGGAGGCGCCACUGCAUCACGGCGGGCGGCCUCUCGCGCCGCUCGCGCCGCUUCCGCUGGUUCUGGCGAGUGGUGCGUUCCUACUCGCAGCAAGAGCGGCAGCAGCUGCUCCAGUUCGUCACAGGCUCUCGCCAGCCGCCCGUCGGCGGCUUUGCGCAGCUGCAGGGCUUCAACGGCGGCGUGCACAAGUUCACGCUCUGCGCGGCGUCGCACGAGCCAAAGGACUCGCUCCCGCGGGUCCACGCGUGCAUCUGCACCCUCGACCUGCCAGAGUACUCGUCGUGCGGCGCGAUGCGGCGUGCGCUGCACAUUGCCCUCUCGAUGGGCGCCGUCGGGUUC